CUGGCUGCGGGGGCCCUCUCAUUAGUCGCUACAUACGGAGAGAAACAUGUUGUUCACUUAAUUAAGUGCGGCUCAUGUGUAUCUUGCCGAAAUCUAUACCGAUUGUAUGAAAACUUGUAACUAAUAAUACCAACCUUUAAAGAUUGUAUUCGCACCGUUAUCCAAUAUGAUGGACAAUAUGAUGGAGAUGUCCGAGGAGCUCUUUGUUUCCUUGCCAAAAGGCUGUAAGAUCUGUUAUCGGACAUUCGGCAACCCGUCAGACCCGGCCAUAAUCAUUAUUUCGGGAUAUGGAAUGUCCAUGACACAGACGCCUGAUGCGUUUGUUCGAUUGCUCAAUCCACCAGAUCAUCCUCACCUCAUCGUCCAAUUCGAUUAUCGGGAUACUGGCCGUUCGACGUCUUUUCCCGAGCCACCUUACGGAGAGCGCGCCUACACGUUCGAUGAUAUGGUAGACGACAUCGUAGGUCUUAUAAACCAUCUAAAGCUUGAGCGUGUACACGUAAUAGGCACUAGUAUGGGCGGACCAAUUUCCUGGCUAACAGCUGGCCGGCUACCCGACAUCGUUGAGAGUCUGGCUCUCAUCUUCACAAGUCCGGUAGGGCGCAUACAGGAUGAGACAGACAACUUGCCGUCGCUGCAGAUGGAGGGACACUAUACACUCACCGACGCGUUUGACCCACCCACGGAUAGGGAUGAUCACGAGGGCUGGAUCAAAACAUAUGCAGCGAUGUCUCUCGCUAUGGCGACGAAACCGCCUACCGAAGAAGAAAGGGCUGACGCGAGACGCAUGUCCGAGAUUACGUACUAUCGUGAGCGGGAGAGCGGGACGAUGUGGAGUAAGACGAAUCAUUCGGAUGCGGUAGGCGUGAGAUGGCCUAGGGAAGCGCUUAAGCUUGUCAAAUGCCCGACCGUCGUUAUCCACGGUGCUAAGGAUCAGCUGUUCUCUGUGGACCAUGCAAAGGCUCUAAGGGAUGGCGUGGAGGGAGCAACGUUGGUGAUUAUUGACGACUGUGGGCACGAGUUGCCGCACCGGGCUCUAAAGCCCGUGGCGGAUGCGAUCCUUGCCAACGCGAAGAGGGGAGAACAGCUGAAGACGGCUGGGAAGUAAUAUAAACUACAUGGCAUUUACUGUAGCUUUGUGGUCAUUAUGGCUGUUAAGUUUACCGUUAUGUGUGGGUCUCUCGUCAAAGAUACAAUACUGAAUGGAUAGUAAAAUUGGGAAAGAAAGGCAGUUUGAAAAGGGGGAUAGAUGAUUAGUUAAAAAUGGGAGACAGUCUAUCCAGGGCUACCAGCAUUGCUCCUGAUGGGUAGUCUAUAAGAAUAACAUGAUAUAAUGAUGUUUCAAAGGUCAAUUUAUAUUGUGUUUUACCAUGUUAUCAUAGCUUCUAAUUAAGAAUUAACGAACGUCAGAGCCUCAAGCUAACCUUAGACGCCCCCUGA